AUGGAUAUCCUAGAAUAUCUCGCGUUAUUAUGGAUGUCGUCCCGACGGAACGGGUCGGUGUCCCGCGCCGCGGAGGCUGCCUCCAAGAACCGACUUCAUAUGGAUAGGAAUCCACAACACUCGAGGAUCACAGAUCCUUCAAACCCGGCCGGUCGCCGGAAGGAAAUAGACAACGUGAUGAAGAGAGCCCGCCAGGCGUCCCCGGGCAGCUGGGACCGAAAACUCCUGGAAGUGGAGGAGAAAGACCCAAAUCGGUGGCGGCACACCGGUUACAAACAGCUGUACCUCGAUGGGUCCAAGUCACCGUCGCCCAGGAGGUCUCGCUCCCCAGCUGUUAGGCGAUCCAGGACACCGCUACCGAGUCGUCGGUCCAGAUCUCCGCUCGGUCGCCGGUCCCGCUCGCCCGUGGGACGCCGGUCGCCGCGCAAGUCGCGCUCCCGUUCCGCCAGGCGAAGCCCUAGGCGCAGUCCUAGAAGGAGCCCGAUUAGACGCAGCCCGGCCCGUAGUCCGCGUCGUCGCUCCCCCCGUGCGCCGCCGCCACGUCGUGACGCUCGACGUCCGCCGCCUGCCAGACCUGCCAGGCCCCCGUCGCCGCCAGACCCUAGGAAGUCGUCAGGAUCAGGUUCGUCAGUAAGCAGCUGCUCGGACGAGUCGUGUUCCGUGUGUUCAGCCAAGAACAAGAAGACUGCGCCACCACAACCACCCAAAGGCGUUAAACCCAUUCCCCCCGCUACAUCUCCCGCGCGUGCAGCGGCCAGACCCGCCGCACGAGCUGUGCAACCCACUCGCGAGUUGCUAAAGGCACGCGAGGCUAGCAAGCGGACCAGGGAGGAGAAGGUACUAGAAUGGCAACGCACCCAGAUGGCAGUCCGUCCCCCGGUCCCCGCGACCCACAUCAAGCGUGAAGGCGAGCGCCGGCCGGGCCCCCCCGCGCCCCCGGCCGGGGCCCCGCGGCCCGCCCGCCGCGACCCCCGCGACCCGCGCGCCGUGUCCCCGGCCGCCAUCGCCGCUGCGCUCAAUGAUAGUGACUCGGACUCGGAGUCUGACGCCAGCUCUGACCCGCAGCCGCAAAGGCUAACACUAUCGGAGCGUUUCGGCAAGAUGGCGCAAUGGUCGGCGGACCGGUCGGCGCGGCUGGAGAACAUGCGCAUCACGCGGCGUGAGACCACGCUACACGUGCGCAUCGAACGAGAUGAGUCCGCUACACCGGCUCCUACUGCGCCGCAGCCGUACCCGGCCUUGGAAGGCGCUGCAGCAGGAAGCUACCCUGAGGAACUUCUGCUGGCGGCUCCAGCUGGGCUGCCUUCCUGGGAUGAUGUACGGGUGCGGUACGAUUACUACAAGAAGCGGGGUUAUCUCAGAGGUCUAACGCUGGGUGACUAUGUGAAAUGGGAGGAAUGGUGGUAUAAGUACCAAGAGUGGCUGAAACACGAGCGAGCCUACGAGAGGUGGGCUGAAGGAGAAGUAGGGACGGUACGUCGCGAGAGGCGACGUAGAGGCGGGCGCCACAGAAGGAGCUGA